AUGUUUGAGCUGAAGAAGAGGAGAAGUCUGCCCCUGACCUGCUCCAAAGACGCGGAGGAGUUCAGAAGAGUGGCGGUGCGACGCAAGCUGAAGGCACACACAGACUGUGAUCUGCGCUUCUCCUACAGCUGCAAAGAUCCCUUUAAGUUCUGUGGAGCAUCACAGUCUAGCCUGGAGCCUGAGGAAGGGCAGGAUCGGAGCCCUGCCAAAAGAUCCCUUCACAAACCACAAGUCCCGCCCAAACCCCUUCACCUCCAGACUCCCGAAAGGUCUGAACUACAAAACCGGCCCAAAGACAAGAGUCCAAACUGCUUCAUCCACCCAUCCCUGAACCUCUACUUACCCUCUCCGGUGAAACCCAUCUGUAAAAAUGCAUCACCACCACACUCUGGUGCGGCCAGAACGUCACAGACUACAUAUUGUGCACCUAGUCCUACCAUGGCAUCACAGUCCUCUGCCGAUGUCGGCGCUCCAAACAGUAGCCCCAGAAGGGAAAGAAAGUGCAGUCCAAAGAGAAGUCCAGUCUCCAGUCUGAUGCGGACCCCCAGUCCAGUUUUUGGGAAGAUGUGGACCUACACUCCCUCCAGAAUCUCUAAACCUCUGCUGGGAAUAAACAGACUUUUUGAUGGAGAAGUUAGGAGCAGUCCAAAGUCUCUGAGCGUGCCGGACCUCAUUUCUUACCUGGAGGAAAGCAGUAUAUACCUGGAAAAAGACCGUUCUCCACUACAGCCUCUGGAGACCAACAAUAUUUCCGGUUCAGACAUUAUCAAUAAAACCAACAAUUUCCAAAGCGAUUCCAUAGUCAAAGUAAAUAAGCAGACAGUUGUGAAAGAAAACGACAACGUUGAAGAGUCUAAAAGGUCCGUCGGAAUUUCACCAAAGUUCUAUUGCAAAUGGUCGGAAGAUGUAAUUACUGAGGUUGAACACAAGGAGGAGCCAAAGGUGAAGGAGAGCGUGACAGAAGCCAACGAUCCUGAACAGAAACUUGGUCAAAUAGCAAACGAGUUCCUGCAAACGGAGCGUGCGUAUGUGGAACGACUGCAUCUGUUGGACCAGGUGUUUUGUUCACGUCUGACAGAAGAAGCUAACCAAGGCUCGUUUCCCCCUGAAGUCGUCAAAAACAUCUUCUCCAACAUCUCCUCCAUCUUCUCCUUCCACAGUCAGUUUCUGCUCCCCGACCUCGAGAAGUGCCUCAGCAACAAAGAUGAUUGUCCCGGUCUGGGAAGUGUCCUGCUGCAGCAUGCGCCUUUCAUGAGGAUGUACGCAGACUAUGUUAGAAACUUCGGCCAGUCCUUGGAGCUGGUCCGGACCUGGACUGAGCGAUCUGCUGCCUUCAGGAGUGUGAUUCAGGAGUUACAGAGUCUGCAGGAGUGUGGUAGCCUGACCCUGCAGCACCACAUGUUGGAGCCGGUGCAACGACUUCCUCGAUAUGAACUUCUCCUCACAGAUUAUCUGAAGAAACUCCCAGAGGAUCACCCAGAUUAUCAGCCUGCUCAGAAAUCAUUGGAGACUAUUUCCAUGGCAACCCUUCACUCAAACAGCGCCAUUGAAAAAGCUGAGGCUCUGAGGAAGCUGCUGGAGGUCUAUGAGAUGGUGGGAGAGGAGGAGGUGGUCAACCCCACAAAUGAGUUCCUGAAGGAGGGGCGACUGGUCAAGCUCGCUGCCCGCAACACGGCUGCGAUGGAGAGACGGCUCUUUUUGUUCAACAACUUCCUGCUGUGCUGCUCGCCCAAGUUCAGUCUGGUGGGGCAGAAGUAUGCGGUGCGCUGCAGGAUCGGCGUGGACGGCAUGAACGUGCAGCCCACGGUAAACGAAGGUCAUCCGUUCACCUUCCAAGUCUCUGGGAAGGAGAAGACGGUGGAGCUGCAAGCCAGUUCUGCCGAAGAACGUGAUGAAUGGAUAAAGGUGAUUCAAGAGGCCAUUGGUGUUUUCCACAAGAAAAAUGAAAGCUUCAAAACAGCUGCCCGCGAGUCUGUUCUAGUGGAGCCUAUGAAGGAACUCGGCCGGCGCGCUCCCAAGUGGAUUCGAGACAACGAGGUCACUCUGUGUAUGAAAUGUAACGAGGCCUUCAACCCGCUCACGAGGAGGAGGCACCACUGCAGAGCCUGUGGAAAUGUCGUGUGUUGGAAAUGUUCCGACAAUAAAAUCGCUCUGGAGUACGACAGCAACAAGCUCAAUAAAGUGUGCAAGUCCUGCUUCUUCAUCCUGACGGCUCAGCGACAAAGAUCAGACUCAGACAUUCACAUAUGGCCCAGUUUAAUGAGUGGAUUCUUAAAUUAUGGAGACAACCCACAAACGAAGCAGCUAACUUGGACUGUCCUGUCCAAAAAGGAUCCAUUGGUCCUGUACCUGUAUGCGUCCCCACAGGACACAAAACCACAGUCCACUAUCCCCCUGCCCGGCUACACGGUGGAUACAGGUCCACAGGACUUUCAAGGUCAAGUUUGUUUCUCUUUAAGACAAUCUAAAAUCUCGCACACUUUCUUCUGUGACCACACGGAGCUCCGAGACCGCUGGAUGACCGCACUUAAGGCGGCAACUGCCCCCUCCUCUGACCCCGGUAACGACGCCAGCUCCUCCAGCAGUGAAGACUAUGUUAUUAUUGACGACACACAAUAA